GCCGUCAGUGCCCUCCGGGGUGCCAACGAGAGCCGGCCAGCCCUCGCCCAGUUCACCACAGAGAUCGAUGCCCCCAAGAACCUACGGGUGGGCUCGCGGACGCCCGCCAGCCUCGAGCUUGCCUGGGACAACAGCGAGGCUGAGGCACACAGCUACAGGGUGGUCUACAGCACCCUGGCCGGGGAGCACUACCAUGAAGUCCUGGUGCCACGUGACACCGGCCCCACCACCCGGGCCACCCUCGCAGAUCUGGUGCCGGGGACAGAGUACGGCAUCGGGAUUUCAGCCGUGAUGGACAGCCAGCAGAGCGUGCCAGCAACCAUGAACGCCAGGACCGAGCUUGACAGCCCCCGGGACCUCCUGGUGACAGCCUCCACGGAGACAUCCAUCUCGCUGACCUGGACCAAAGCCACAGGUCCCAUAGACCACUACCGUGUCACCUUCACCCCUGCCUCGGGUAUGGCCUCCGAAGUGACAGUGCCCCGGCACGAGUCGCAGCUCACCCUCUCGGACCUGGAGCCCGGGACGGAGUACACUAUCUCCAUCAUUGCCGAGAGGGGACGCCAGCAGAGCCUGGAAGCCACCGUGGAUGCCUUCACAGGGGCCCGGCCCAUCACGCAGCUCCACUUCUCCCAGCUGACGUCCUCCAGCGUGAAUGUCACGUGGAGUGAUCCAUCCCCACCAGCAGAUCGCCUCGUCCUCACCUACGGCGCCCGGGACGAGGAGGAGACACAGCAGCUCACGCUCGAUGGCACCCGCAGGCACGCCAGCCUGACGGGCUUGCGGCCAUCCACCGAGUACCUGGUGUCGCUGAUGGCCAUGCAUGGUGCCAUUAGCUCUGAGCCUGUCGUGGAAUCCAUCACAACAGGGAUCGAUGCGCCGAAGGACCUCAGAGUGAGCAAUGUCACCCAGGAGUCCAUGAUCAUCUACUGGACCCCUCCCAUCUCUGCCUUCGACCACUACAGAAUAUCCUACCGUGCCGCGGAAGGGAGGACAGACAGCACCGCCAUCGCCAGCGAUGCCACCGAGUAUACCCUCCGCCGCCUGCAGCCAGCCACCAAGUACGAGAUCGGGGUGAAGAGCGUGCGGGGCCGGGAGGAGAGCGAGGUGUCCUCCAUCACUGUGCACACAGCCAUGGAUGCCCCCCUGGGCGUCACAGCCACCAAUGUCACCCCCACCGAGGCACUGCUGCAGUGGAACCCGCCGCUGUCAGAGGUGGAGAGCUACGUCCUCGUCCUCACACGCCAUGCAGGAGAAACAGUUCUUGUGGAUGGAGUCAGCCAGGAGUACCAGCUGACCAACCUCCUGCCCAGUACCACCUACACAGUCUCUAUGUACGCCACCAACGGGCCUCUCACCAGCCAGACCAUCAGCACCAAUUUUACAACUCUUUUGGAUCCUCCAACAAAUCUGACCGCCAGCGAAGUCACUCGACGGAGCGCCCUGCUCUCCUGGGUGCCUCCCAUGGGAGAGAUCGAGAACUACAUCAUGACCUACAGAUCCACCGAUGGCAGCCGGAAGGAGCUGAUUGUAGAUGCCGAGGACACGUGGAUCCGCCUGGAGGGGCUUUCUGAGACCACAGAGUACACCGUCCGCCUGCAAGCUGCCCAACACGCCAUGCGGAGCGGCUUCAUCUCCACCACCUUCACCACAGGUGGCCGUGUCUUUGCUAACCCACAGGACUGCGCCCAGCACCUGAUGAACGGAGACACACUGAGCGGCGUCUACACCAUCUCCAUCAACGGGGACCUCAGCCAGCGGGUCCAGGUCUACUGCGACAUGACCACCGACGGAGGAGGCUGGAUUGUCUUCCAGAGGCGGCAGAAUGGACUGACCGAUUUCUUCCGGAAAUGGGCAGAUUACCGGGUUGGCUUCGGAAACCUGGAGGAUGAGUUUUGGCUGGGCUUGGACAACAUCCACAAGAUCACGUCCCAAGGGCGCUAUGAGUUGCGAAUAGACAUGAGGGAUGGCCAGGAAGCAGCGUACGCCUACUAUGACAAGUUCUCCAUUGGCGACUCCCGGAGCCUGUACAAGCUGCGAAUCGGGGACUACAACGGCACUUCAGGGGACUCCCUCACCUAUCACCAGGGCCGCCCCUUCUCCACCAAGGACAGAGACAACGACGUCGCUGUGACCAACUGCGCCAUGUCCUACAAAGGGGCCUGGUGGUAUAAGAACUGCCACCGCACCAACCUCAACGGCAAGUACGGAGAGUCCCGGCACAGUCAGGGGAUUAACUGGUACCAUUGGAAAGGCCACGAGUUCUCCAUCCCCUUCGUGGAAAUGAAGAUGCGACCUUACAACCACCGUAACAUCUCUGGGAGGAAGCGACAGUCCCUACAGCUCUGAGCCAGCUGAACCCCCCUCCCACCUCCCACCACCUGACCU